CGCGCACAGGUAGCCCAUGUAGCAUCUCAGUAGGGAGAGAGCAUCGCACGUAUCAUUUUAGCAUGGCAGAGCCGGCCUCCGGCGAAAUAUACCAUUUAAACUCAAUCAUGGACACCCUAUCCCGAAUAAGUGCCGCCAUGAAGAACAUGGAGCGGGAGCUGAUGUGCCCGGUGUGCAAAGAGAUGUUCAAGCAGCCUGUCAUCCUGCCCUGCGCGCACAACGUCUGCCUGAUGUGCGCCACCGAGCUGCUGGUGCAGCAGGGCAUCCUCUGUGCCGAGCCGACCUCCGAGCCCUCCUCGCCUGCCUCCACCCCCGUGAUGCGCAGCCCCCGCCUCGGCCGCCGAGCUGGGGCCAAGGCUGACAGGUUGGACAGACUAAUCCGGGCAGGUUACGGUACGUACCCGGGCCGCCGACGUGGCGCUGCCCACGCGCAGACCAUCAGCAUGCCCUGCCCGAGCUGCCAGCGGGACGUGGACCUGGGAGAGCGCGGUCUUUCCGACCUCUUCCGCAACCUGACGCUGGAGCGGAUCGUGGAGCGCUACAAACACUCGGCGGAGCUGGGGGCGGCUGUGCCCUGCCAGGCGUGUAAGCCCCCUGCCCAGGAGGCUGCCAAGGGCUGCACCGACUGUCGGCUCAACUACUGCAAGGAGUGUUUCAAGCUCUAUCACCCCUGGGGCACUCCGAAGGCCCAGCACGAGUCCAUCGGGCCCACCCUCAGCUUCAGACCCAAGGUCCUGAUGUGCCCCGAGCAUGAGAUGGAGAAGGUCAGCCUGUACUGCAAGACGUGUCAGCGCCUCAUAUGCCAGCUGUGUAAGCUACGGCGGGUCCACACCGCACACAAGAUCACCCCCGUGGCCAGCGCCUACCAGGCACUGAAGGACAAACUGACCAAGGCAAUCACGUUCAUUCUGACCAAUCAGAAUCUGGUGCAGACACAGAUCCAAGUGUUAGAUGAGCUGGUCCAGCAGACAGAGGCCAACAGCUCGCGUGCGCGGGAGGAGGUGGCGAGCUCGAUCGGAGAGCUGUGCCAGGCACUGGAAGAGAAGCAGGGCUCCCUGCUGCUGGCCAUCGAUGAGAGUAAGCAGCACCGCCUGUACCGGCUGGCUGGCCAGAUCUCCGAGCACCAGGGCAUGCUGGAGCACUCCGGCAUGGUGGGCUACACACAAGAGAUCCUGAAGGAGACCGACCCCGCCUGCUUCAUCCAGGCCGCGAGGCAGUUGCAUACCAGGAUUGUGAAGGCUACGGAAUCCCUGCAGAACUUCAUCCCGGCUGCGGAAUCGUCCUUCACCCCCUUCCAGCUGGACAUCAGCAGGGAGCUGAAACUCCUGAGUGACCUCCAGUUUGCCACAGUGCCGGACGCGCCGGUGAUCGACACGCAGCGCACCUACGCCUACGACCAGAUCUACCUCUGCUGGCGGCUGCCACGAGACUCGGCGGCGGCCUGGCACUAUGACGUGGAGUACCGCCAGGCCGACCUUCCGGCCAAGGAUCCCCGGACCCGCUGGCAGCGCAUUGAGGAGGUGCGGGGCACGGGGGCCGUGGUGGGGCACCUGGACACCGAUCGCGUCUACGCCCUCAGGGUGCGCGGCUUCAACAAGGCCGGCCACGGAGAGUACAGCGAGGAGAUCUACCUGCGCAGCCCGCCUGCACCAGUCCUCCACUUUCUACUGGAGAACAAGUGGGGCUUUACCCAGGACCGGGUGAUUGUCAGCAAGGACCAGCGGGCUGUCCGCAGCGUUGCCGGCGUCCCCAUGCUCUUUGCGGCCGAGCGCAUCAUGACCUCCUGCCACCUGCCCAUUGACCUGGUCAUCGGGGACGUGGCGCUGACCCAGGGCAAGCACUACUGGGCCUGCGCGGUUGACCCCGGCUCCUACCUGGCCAAGGUCGGCGUGGGGCUGGAGAGCAAGCUCCAGGAGUGGUUCCACGUCCCUCAGGACGUGGUCAGCCCCAGGUACGAUCCCGACAGCGGGCACGACAGUGGGGCCGAGGACGCCACGGUGGAGGCCUCGCCGCCGUACGCCUUCCUGACCGUCGGCAUGGGCAAGGUGCUGCUGCCACAGGGCUCCCCCCCCUCGCCGCCCCCGCCCGCCCGCGACCCUGCCGGGGGCACGGUCCCCCUCCCCUCCCGGCUGGGCGUCUGCCUGGACUACGAGAGGGGCCGGGUGACCUUCUACGACGCGGUGUCGCUGCGAAGCCUGUGGGAAUGCGCCGUGGACUGCAGCGGCCCCGUCUGCCCUGCCUUCUGCUUCGUUGGGGGAGGAGCCCUCCACCUCCAGGAGCUGGUGACAGCCAGGCCUGAGCAGAAGGCCCCGAACGGCGCCGUCCAAAAGGCUGUGAACAACUGCAGCCCCUUCGGAGGUUGGACCCCUGGAUCCCUACCUUCUGCUGUUCUGUGCCCUCGUCCGGAUUCUGGAACGCCGAUAUGAAGCUCAACGUCAAUGCCCUCCCCCCCCCCCCAAUUCCCCCUCCCCCCCCCCCGGCGUCCACAGCCAGGAGUUGCAAAUACCCUGGUGCACAGAAGCCAAAGGGGUGGGAGCGGGGAGGGGAGGGAGGGUGGGGGGAAACAGGGAGGGGCGUACGUCAAUGCUCGCCCUUGAAUGGGGAUUAUCUGUGCUGUCUGUUGGAGUGAUGGGCGCAGGAGGGAGGUGGGGACAGGGGGAUGAAUUGUUUGUUGAUGGGGUUUCUUUGCUCCUUAGAGUUGGGUUGCAUUUUGUUUCACCGGAGGGAAGAGUGAUUGGAUUUGCGAUGUGAUUCUACACAAGAGCUGGGGUCGGAGGCCCCUCCCCCCAGAAAUGCAGCCACUGGCCACAAAAGCAUCUGUCAUUGCACCUCCAAAUGCCCUCAGUGAUCACUAGAUCCCUUUUGCCUGAGUUUUGGAUCACUCAGCAGACUCUAGACCAGGGGCUCCCAACCUUUUCGUUUAAUGCCAGGGGUCCGUGGCCCCCAGGCUGGGGACCCCUGCUCUAGUUUGGUGCUGUGCAUCCCAGGACUGCGCAUGUGGACUCUGCAAGGCACCACAGGGUGGGCGCUGUAGUGCACCGCGCAACUAGAUUCUGUAGUCUGGUUGCUGCAGUUUAUUCGUCUCCUGCUGUCCUGUAGCACAGAGUCUCUGUAGUCUGGCUGCUGCAGUGCACCACACAACUAGAUUCUGUGGACUGUUUGAUGCAGUGCUCUGGAGUUUACUGUAAAGUAGAUUCUGUAGGCUGAUGCACUGUGCCACAGGAAUGCAUCCUGCUGUAGUGCAAUCUAUAAGUAGAUUCUGCAGCCUGCUUGCUGCAGUGCAUCACAGAAAUAGACUUGCUGUGAUUUGCCCCUUAAGUAGAUUCUGUGGACCAAAGCAGUAUACCACAGUGCUGGAUUCUGCUGUGGUGUUACCCCGUAACUAGAUUCUGCAGACCGUCUGGUGCAGUGCAUUCCAGGAGUGGAUUCUGCUGUAGUGCAGGACACCUAAAUUCUAUAGACUGGUGCAGUGCGCUGGACUGCUGCAGUGUACCACAAAAAUAGAAUUGACUCCGCUGCAGCAGGCCCCAAAAGUAGAUUCUGUGGACUGAUGCACCACGUCCCAGGAAUAGAUUCUGCACACAAGUAGAUUCUGUAGACUGUUUGAUUCAGCACAUGUGUAGACUCCAAAUGGUAUCAAUAAGGAAAGAUGUUGAGUUGUGCCCAGAGUGCACAGGCAGGUCUCACACUGACCCACUGGAGCUGCCGGUUUCCUGCCGUGCUAGCCUCUGCCCCCACUGACCUCGACUGAGGAUCGGUCAGUGGCGAAAGGAACCAGAUCUGUGUCCUUUCUAUGUGAGUUGGGGGCCCCACUGAAUCAAUGUCUGGGUAUUCAGCUGGGCGUGUCUCUGCUGCCUUAAAUCAUCUCUUUUGACAGUGCAUCUCCCCCUCAUUCAUGCCCUCACACCACUGAAGAAUCUUCUCACUUCUCUCUUUUGCCAGUCACUUCCACUUACUGUGACCAACCAAGAACCAAGUGACUCGAUUAAACCUCUUUGCCUUAAAUGUCUCUGUUGAAUCUCCCUGGCUCCUUCAGUCAGGGGCUGCGCUCCAACCAAUCAGAGGGCCCGAUACAUGUCCAGGACAGAAGGCCCUUCUGUUUGCCUCUGCCGAUUGGCUAGGUGGGGCCUCCUCCCCUCUUCCCCUCCGGACAGGUCUGCAGCUUGUGUCCUGUGCUCGGACAAGGUUAUGAGAACACUACACCCCCCCCCGCCACCACCCCACCACCCCCGCUGAUGGUGUUCAUGGUUGUGCUCCGGUUAAACGGGAGGUUUGUUAAAAGGGAGACACGAUCUCUGUUGCAGUUCACAAUUGUGGGAUCAUUCACCAGCACGUGGAGAUGUGGUUAUUCUCCCGAGUUGGGAUGGAGCUGACAUGUCAAGCGACCUGGCCCUUUGGCCCACCCACUCCAUACUAACCACCCAUUACAUUCUCCCCUUUUCCCACCACCCCCCACCAGAAUGUACCCCUCACCCACCCACCAGGGGGGCAGUUUAAUCCACUGACCCCGCCAGUGGUUGUCCUGUUGGAGGGGGGAACCCCAGAGAAGCCCACGGGGGUCACAGGGCGAACAUGCCCACACAGAGACGCAGUGCUCAGGAUUGAACCUGGGUCUCUGGAGGCCUGAGGCAGCAGUGCUAGUGAAGUAUCACAGAUGUUGGCUUUAGACCCAAGCCCAAGGUGUGUGUUUGAUGAUGGUGAAGGUCUCCUCACUCAAGAGACAUUCCCAUCACCCAGUCCCCCCAUAAUCAACAUCUUGGGAUUCACCAUCAACAGUAAUGGCUACAGAAAACCCAAUGGCACAACAGCAGGAAGCCAUGGUUGUUUGAUAGGGUACAGGGUUUGAGGUUGAGGGGCAGGAGGUGGAGAGACAUCUUCUCAACCACCCGAUCAAUCUCUGGUCACCACAGCCAAUAACAUCCACGACCUACUGGCCUCUCGACCUCUGACGGGAAAAGCCAAGGCUUUCGGGCCAGAUCAGGUUGAGGGGAAAUUCAGUGGAGACAUUGGGGGAAAGAGUUUCAGUGGAAUGACUGAAGUUUCUGAUGGUUCAGAGAAAAUGGUCACUUGUACCAACAUGCAUUGGAAUGUAACCCCUGUUUCUUUCUGGAUUAUUCUAAAUAGCAAAAGAGAAACUUAAUAAGUACACAGUUUAAUUUUUACAGUAAAGUGUUGCAGGAGAAUCGAGCCCUCUGCCAGUUGGGUGGAAAACGUGUUGUGGGUGGCUAUGACACUGGUAACAUGGUUGCCCUUCAUCCCUCUGUUCUCUGUUGGAUUGCCAGCCCUUUGAGAUCGGGGAAUGGGAAGGGAGUUGGUUGGGUGAAGGGGAUCAGAGGCCAGGAGUUGACAGGUCCCUGCCCAGAUCUCCAGAUCAGGCCCUACCCCUUCAGCAUCGUGGCCACACUAAAACUUCCAAUGUUCUGGCACCCUCUGGACUAUUGGAUGUGAUUCUCCAACACAUUUUGCUUCCAAAGCUGUUACAUGGCGUAACUGUGCAUCUUCUCUUGAAGUUUAAAAGGAGCAAAAAGUAGAAUGACGGUUUGGAGGGUGUAGGAGAAGCAGGGUCACAGAAACGUAGAAAAUAGGUGCAGGAGUAGGCCAUUCGGCCCUUCGAGCCUGCAGCGCCAUUCAGUAUGAUCAUGGCUGAUCAUCCAACUCAGAACCCUGUACCAGCCUUCCCUCCAUACCCCCUGAUCCCUUUAGCCACAAGGGCCAUAUCUAACUCCCUCUUAAAUAUAGCCAAUGAACUGGCCUUAACUGUUUCCUGUGGCAGAGAAUUCCACAGAUUCACCACUCUCUGUGUGAGGAAGUUUUUCCUAAUCUCGGUCCUAAAAGGCUUCCCCUUUAUCCUCAAACUGUGACCCCUCGUUCUGGACUUCCCCAACAUCGGGAACAAUCUUCCUGCAUCUAGCCUGUCCAAUCACUUUAGGAUUUUAUACGUUCAGUAAGAUCCCCCCUCAAUCUUCUAAAUUCCAGUGAGUAUAAGCUUAGUCGAUCCAGUCUUUCAUCAUAUGGAAGUCCUGCCAUCCCAGGAAGGGCACAGAAACAGGCCCUUCAGCCCAACUCUGUUAUGCAUUUGACAUGAUAGCCUUCAUCAGUCAGACCAUUGAGUACCGAAUUUGAGAGAUUACACGAUAGAUGUUGGAGAGGCUGCAUUUGGGAUAUUGUCCACAGUUUUGUUUACCCUGUUCAAGGAAAGGUGCUGGGGCUUGAGGGAUUGAGUUAUUGGGAGAGACUGGGUCUUUAUUCCUUGGAGUAGAAGAAUCUUACAGAGGUGCAUAAAAACACAAGGGGUGUAGAUAGGGUGAGCGCACACAGUCUUUACCCCAGGGCUGGUGAAUCAAGGACUAGAGGGCACAGGUUCAAGAUGAGAGGGGAGAGAUUUAAUAGGAACCUGAGGGCAAGUUCUUCACCCAGAGGGGGUCAGUAAAUAGAACGAGCUACCAGGGGAAGUGGUUGAGGCAGGUACAUUACUGACAUUUAAAAGAUACUUGGACAGGUACACAAAUAGGAAAGGUUUAGACGGAUAUAGACAGGUACAUGGAUAGGAAAGGUUUAGAGGGAUAUGGACAGGUACACGGAUAGGAAAGGUUUAGAGGGAUAUGGACAGGUAUACGGAUAGGAAAGGUUUAGACGGAUAUAGACAGGUACAUGGAUAGGAAAGGUUUAGAGGGAUAUGGACAGGUAUACGGAUAGGAAAGGUUUAGAGGGAUACGGACAGGGACACGGAUAGGAAAGGUUUAGAGGGAUACGGACAGGUACAUGGAUAGGAAAGGUUUAGAGGGAUACGGACAGCUACAUGGAUAGGAAAGGUUUAGAAGGACAUAGGCAAAUGAGACUAGCUGAGAUAGGAAUCUUAGUCAGCAUGGGCCAGUUGAGCCAAAUAGCCUGUUUCUAUGUAAGGACCAUGAUGCUUAUUUAUGCUACUCCCACUUGUUUUAAAUUCAGAAAGCUAACGGGGAAUUUAUUCAAACCUACUGAAUACUGAGAGGUCUAGUGAAGAGAGUGUUUCCAUCAGUGGGAGACUCUGGGAUCCUCAGAAUAAAGGGAUGAGAGGAAGAGGGUUUCUUUAGCCAGACGGUAGUAAAUCUGUGGAAUAUGUUGCCAAAGAAGGGUAUGGAGGUCAAGCCACAGGGUGUAUUUAAGGCAGAGGUGGAUAGAUUCUUGGUAAAGGGGGUGGGAUGGUGGUUAAGGGUUAUGGGGAGAAGGUAAGAGCAUGGGGUUAUAAAGAAAAUUGGCCAAGAUUGAAUGUAGAGCAGACUUAAUGGACUGAAUGGCCUAAUUCUGCUCUUGUAUUUUAUGGUGUUAUGAUUGGGCCCAUAUCCCCUUUCUCUUUUAUAAAACACAGAGCAGGGCCUUGGGAUCCUGCAUUUGAUCUGUACCCCUCUUAAACCUUUCAUAUCCAUUUAAUUACACAAAUAUCUCUUAAAUUGAACCAGCCUGAACUUCAAUCUCUGGCAGCUCCUUCCAAAUAUUUCACCACCCUCUGUGUGUGUGUCUGUGGGGGGGGGGAGACUUGACUUUGACUUUAAAAUCUUUUAAAUUCAUCCCCCCUCACCUCAAAUCGAAGCCCUCUUGUUCUAGGCUCCCCUGUCAUGGGGAUGAAACACUAUUCUCUCCAUAACAUUAGAAACCGCUGAGGUCACACUUCAGCGGUGAUAAAGACCCAUCCUGUCAGCCUCUCCAUUUCACUCCUGCCCUUCUCUCCUGGCAACACCUUGGCGAAUCUCAUUCACAAGACCCUAAGUCUUGGUGCGCAAUUAGGCCAUUCGGCCCAUCGAGUUUGCUCCGCCAUUCAAUCACGGCAGAUUUAUUUUCUCUCUCAACCCCAUUCUCCUGCCUUCUCACCAUAAGUGUUGACACCCUUCCUAAUCAAGAACCUACCAACUUCUGCUUUAAAUAUACCCAGCGGCCUGCCUUCCACGGCUGUCUGGCAAUAAAUUCCACAGAUUCACCACCCUCCAGCUGAAAUUCCUCCUCAUCUCUAUUCUGAGGGAACGUCCUUCUGUCCUGAGGCUGUGCCCUCUGGUCCGAGACUCGCACGCUAUAGGAAACAACCUCUACGUGUCUAGGCAGUUCAAUAGUCAAUAGGUUUCAAUGAGCUCCCUGCCCUGAUUCUUCUAAACUAGGUGAGUACAGGCCCAAAGCCAUCAAACACAGGCCUUUCAUUGUUAACCCUUUCAUUCCCAGGAUUAUUCGCACCCUCUCUCUAUUGCUACCACAUCCUUCCUGCAUUGUGGUGGCCAGAACUGAACUGCUGAGUGUGGUCUAACUGACGGCUUGUACAGCUGUGAUGCGGUGUCAGACGAUCAGGAUGUCCAGAUUGAUAGAUUAUCGUAGUUUUACUGUGUGAUGUCGGUGUUAAACUGAUUUCCCUGAGCCCAUGGCAUCAAAGUCAGUGAAGCAAUCUGCCAGUUGUUUUAACUGUGCCACAGCAGGUUAAAGGGACAGAGACACUUUGGACAUGUAACUGUUACGGCUACAGUAGGAAAUAGAUGGGUACUUAAUAUCUGAAUCAGGUUGUUUAUUAUGUUGUAUAACCUGUUUUUUUUGUGGCAGCAGUGGGGUGCAAGAUAUAAAGAGCACCACAGCACGGAUUGAAGCCCUUUGCCCUUCUAGUCUGUGCCAAACUAUUAUUCUGCAAAGCCCACUAUAACCCCUCCCAUCCAUGAUAGUCUUACAGUGCUACAGCACAGACAUAAAAGUUUAUUGUAAGUUACAGUAAAAUAGCACAAAAGAGGACUGGUGAGGUGGUGGUCAGAAAUCUGAAGGCGGAGGGGAAGGAGGUGUUCCUGAGUCACUGAAUGUGGAUCUUCAGGCUCCUGUACCUCCUCCCUGAUGGCAGUAAGAGAGGGGGGCAUGCUCUGGAUACUGAGGGUCCUCAGUGAUGGAUGCCGUGUUCCUGAGGCACUCGAUGGUGAGGAGGCUAGUGCCCGUGAUGGAGUUGGCUGCGUCUGUGACCCUCUCUGGCGUUCUCCUGGUCCUGUGUGUUGGGAGUGUAUAUUCACAAAAAAAGUUGUUUUUGGGUUCUGAGUGGGUUUGUUUCUGUGACUGAUGAGGGUAUUCGGUGUACUGGUUGGCCAAUAUAUAUUCUCCAUGUAUUUGAUUUGAAAAUGAAUGUAAUUCUUGAUAAUUCAUGUUAAAAUAGGUGACAACAUCUAAUGUUAAGACAGCAAAGGGUCAAGUGUCACUGGGUGGUGCAAGGUCUCUUGUGUCAAAUAGCAUUUCAUCGAUGUAAAGGGGAGGGUGUGGGUGCUUUUAAAGAGAUAUAAAGUGUUGGGGGGGGGGGGAAGAUCCAUGCCUAUAUUGGCAAAUGGCUGUGGACGUCUUGACUAGCCCAGUACAAUUAAUGGUGGUAGUUUCAAUGACCCAACACCCUAACUACCAUUUAUAGAGUGCCUUUGUCUGGAGAAUUUUGCAACUGUGCCAUUAACAAUUUUACCUUCAAUCAGUGAGAUAAUUUUAAGGGGAGGGAGUGUGGUCAAGGGUUAAAAGUCAAAGGCGAGGAGCAAGAAAUUUAAGCAUCUCUGAGCCUGGCGGGAGGGUGAAGCAUUUUUUUACAGGGCGGUUGAAAAACCCAAGUCAUAUGUCUCAGAGGAGCGCAUGGCCACUUUGAGGCCUACCCUCUUGGUUUUGUUGUGGAAUCUCCGGACAAAGUUUUUAAAUGAGAUGAACUGUUUGUACUUUGAGGUUUGUGUGGAGUCAAGGUGACAGUUUUUGUAACAAAACAAAAAUGACGAAGCCAAGCAAAAAAAUGUAGAGGCCACAAAAAGGCCUUGUCAUUUUAAGGCUGGAAUUCGAACUGGAUUCUCUUUAGAGGGGUAGGUCAAAUGUUUUUUUUGCAAAAGAUGUUGGCUCCCUCCUUUCCCCUCUGGAUCUGUCCCAUGGUGGGAAGGAAGGGACAGUGCCAGGGUCGGGAGUUUGAAUCCUGUUAUAACACAUUGGGUAAUUUGAAUGUUGAAAUAAAAUUCUCAGUUUGGAAAUAAGAAUGUCUCGGUGACGGUGUCCAUGAAGCUGCGAGACUGUCUUUAAAGAAAAUCGUUCCUUGGUUCAUCGUCUGGUUUCCUCCUCCUGAGGUCAGUAAUCAUUUCUUUGGUCUUGCUAACAUUGAGUGAGAGAUUGUUGUUGUGGUACCACUCGGCCAAAUUUUCAACCUCCCUCCUAUGUUUGUCACCUCCUUUGGUUCAGCCUACAAGUGGUGUUGCCAGUAAAUUUAAAUAUGGUUUUGGAGCCUUUAGCCUCACAGUCAUAGCAUAAGGCGAGUAGAGCAGGGGACUGAGCACCCAGCCCUGUGGUGCACUUGUGUUGAUGGAGAUGAUGUCAACAGUCCAUGUUUCGUGCAAAAGGUCCACUCAGCAGUCUGAUAACAGUGGAACAGAAGCUGUUCUUGAGCCUUUGAACAUUGGAAUCAUCUAAACACCAAGGUGAAAGCUGCUUGGGUCAAGUGUGAAGCUUAGAAAGUGGGGUUGUUACAGUGCAGAUCAGCAUGGAAACAGGCCAUCUCAGCCCUUCUAGUCCAUGCCGAACGCUUACUCUUACCUAGUCCCACCGACCUGCACUCAGCCCAUAACCCUCCAUUCCUUUCCUGUCCAUAUAUCUAUCCAAUUUAAAUUUAAAGGACAACAUCGAACCUGCCUCUACCACUUCUGCUGGAAGCUCGUUCCACACAGCUACCACUCUCUGAGUAAAGAAGUUCCCCCUCAUGUUACCCCUAAACUUUUGCCCUUUAACUCUCAACUCAUGUCCUCUUGUUUGAAUCUCCCUCACUCUCAAUGGUAAAAGCCUAUCCAUGUCAACUCUAUCUAUCCCUUUCAUAAUUUUAAAUACCUCUAUCAAGUGCCCCCUCAACCUUCUACGUUCCAAAGAAUAAAGACCCAACUUUGUUCGACCUUUCUCUGUAACUUAGGAGAUGAAACACAGGUAACAUUCUAGUAAAUCUUUUCUGUACUCUCUAUUUUAUUGACAUCUUUCCUAUAAUUCGGUGAGCAAAACUGUACACAAUAUUCCAAAUUUGGCCUCACCAAUGCCUUGUACAAUUUCAACAUUACAUCCCAACUCCAAUACUCAAUGCUCUGAUUUAUAAAGGCCAGCAAACCAAAAGCCAAAUGUAAAAAACCUGGCUCCAUAGACUGAGUUUGAUUCCCACCUCUGGCAUAGAGUGAGAGAGUGAGUGAGUGUGUGUUAGCAGAGCUCUCGGCCACUUUCCAGAGGCACCACAGUCCCUGUGACCCCCUCAUCCCUCCCAAGAUUUUCUUCUGUAACCAUAGGUGUAACACCUGUCCCGGUACCUUCUCCAAUCUGGUACACCAGUGAGACCAAGCGUAGGCCAUUCUCUCUCAGUCCACUCCCAUUCCCAUACCAACCUGACUGUCCUCAGCCUAUAGGGUGAUGAGAAAGGCAAAGUGGAAUUAGCAGCUUCUUAUAUUCUGCCUGGGUAAUCUACAACCUGUCUGUGUGAACAAUGGUAUUUCCACAUUCAGGUACCACUCCCACCCUUGCCCCUGCCUCCCCAGGGUCUCUCUCUCCCUCUCCUUGUUCACCUUUUCCUAUCCCUUCACUCCCCCUCCCAACUCAUCGUUACCCAGACUCAUCCCUGUCUCCCAUCAUUCCCCUCCCUCACAUGGUUCCACCGAUCGCCUCCCAGCCAUUUUCCCUUGUACUUUCAGUGCACUGCUGUGACAAAUUGAUCUGUGUGAGUAGUAUGCCUUCAGUCAGGUUUGUUUAUCACACGUGCAUUGAAACGUACAGUGAAAUGUGUUGUUUGAACUAACAACCAUCACGCCCAAGUACUGCCGCACGUUCUGCCGCCAACAUCAUGCUCAGCAGAGCAACACAGGCAACAACAGCGAGACGAGCUCCGUUCCUCCCUGUGUCCCGAGACAGGUUUUCCAUUCUCCCUCCAUACACAUGGCAAUAAUAAACCAAGUUACCCCCUCACCCCCACAUACAGUCUGUACCUCUCUGCACACUCAGGUCCUCGACCACCCCUCUUCCUCCUCGGACCCGCUGAGUUCCUCCAGCAGUUUAUCUUGCGUUAGGUUGAUCAGCCACUGUGCACUGCUUCCCGAUUGCUGUGGGUGAGCAGUAAACUCUGGGCGGGGGUGAGGGUGGGGGGGAGUUGGUGUCAGUGGG